AUGGAGAGGUCGACUUCUGGCCUUUUGUUCUCCCAAAUUGGCUUCCCUCGUCCUGUUCUCAACGGGGGCACAACAGCAACGCCCUCGUUUAUCAUCAGUGAGGCACAGGCCAUCAGAUGGACUGAAAAAACGAAAAUGACUUCCGGAAGAAUAUACUUCGGGAGAUUAUGUGUUCUCCUAUUUAUGAUCGUGACAACUGCAUCCACCGCUAAAAUAUCUUUGAGGAAUUCCAAAGGAAGAUAUUCAGACUUUAGCAAUGUACCAACUUCUUCAAAAACCACUUCUGUAUCAUCAAACGAAGAAAAUCAUACACUAAACACUUCAAUGGCAAAAGAAAAAUAUGUCACCUCAAAUAUAUAUUCUGUAACAAAUUACGAUAUGUUACCUCCGAAGAAUAAAUCUUCAGUCCAAAUGUCUUAUCUAGACUUAGCCUCUUCUGCAACUGAGCUAACAUCCUCUGUGGAUUCUAGUGGCUCCAGUUUAAGUGAGGAAAAAAACACAACUGACACCAGUACCUCUUCAAGCACGGACACAACCACUUCUUCAAGCUUUUCCACAUCAUCCUUGGAUUCGACCACUUCUUCUCCAACUGAGGACUCCAGCUCCUCUACUGACUCAAGCUCUUCCAUAGAAAGCUCUUCAACUUACACCAGCUCUUCUUCAGGCUACUCCUCAUCCAGCUCCUCUUUGGAGCCCACCAUUUCUUCCACUUUCCCAAGCUCCUCUAUGGAUUCAACCACGUCCUCCUUCCAAUCGACCACUUCUCCAACUGAUUCCUCUGUGGAUUCAACUACUUCACCUAGCUCCAGCUCCAGCUCCAGCUCCAGCACCAGUGAGGAAACAACCACGUCUUCAAUCUCCUCCAGCUCUUCCACACACUCUCCAACUGACACCA